AAUCGUAGGCUCGUCCAAGAUAUAAAGCACGAAUGACCUGGUACUCAGACUCACCACCGACAAACACUGAUCACUAAACAACAGCAAUGGCCUCAGAACGUGUCCUCCCCCGAGUCCCCCUUCUUCCUGUCUGGGCAUCUUCACGCCUUAACUCUCUCUUGCGAAGCAAGACCGCAGACAGGUUCAACAGGAUUUUUGACGCUACUUUCGCCCAAAACCUCGAAGUCGUCCUCAACGGGAAAAAUCUCACUCGCAACGAGUACAAGGAGCUGUUACUCGCGCUGAGUGAGGCCGGACCCUUGGGAACUACCGAUGUGCAGAUUGAAGGAGAGACGGUAGUCAACCCAAUCCCUUCUGAAGAUCAAUUGGUAGGCUUCGUCGGCAUGUUCUACACAACUGUGGGCACCUCCAAACGUAUCUUUGUGCUCGGCGCACCUGCGAGAUAUAAGGUCGUCUCUUCCAUUAAUCUGACCGUGAAGGGGACGGUGCCCUACCCGCCCCGCCCCAUUCCUUACUUCGAUCCACGGCGAGUCACCGCAGUUAACCAGAUCCUCCAGCCCAGGACUCUUACCGUCUCAUUCCCUGGGUCGGUUUUACCCGCGGACGGAACUUCUGGCUCUGGAAAGGUAGAGCUAGGACCGGGGCCUGUUAACAUCACGCAAGUGGAGGAGGAACUUAGUGUGUUGGGGAAUAAAUUUAGCACCGCGACAGUUCCUGAAGCUGAAGUUGAUGUAGAAUGAGGUAGUUGCUUCCUCAAGGAGGGAUGAUAGAAUGGAAUGUAACUCUCUGUCGAACACCCUGCAUGUAUGUUUGACUCUGAAUUUGAUUGCAUGUAUGUCAGCCAGCGAGUACGGCGGUCUCAGGACCAUCAG